GUGAAAUUGGUGGGUGCGUGCUUUGUAUAUAAGACAGACAGACUACUACAACCCUCUCCUCCUCCAAAAUAAAUAUCUCCCCAAGUCCCCCACCUCCUUUCUUCCUCUUUCUUUCUCUCUCCAUUUUCUCUCUCUAUUUCUCUCUGUUUCGAUUCCCAAACGCCGAGAGUCGUAGCAGAGACUCGCCUGUUCUUCGAUUCAACUCCGACUUGGUUUAUGAGCUCGAAGGAGAAGCCCACUCUAGGUGGUCAGCGGAUCAAGACCCGCAAACGGAAUAUUGCAGCCCCUCUGGACCCUGCAGCAUUUGCGGAUGCAGUGGUCCAGAUUUAUCUGGAUAAUGCUGGUGAUCUGGAAUUAAUUGCUAAGUGCAUUGAAUCUUCAGACCUUAACUUCAGCAGAUAUGGUGACACUUUCUUUGAGGUUGUGUUCACUGGAGGGCGUACUCAACCUGGAACAACAAAGCCUGAUGAGGGGGAGAGGCACACUUACUCAAUUCUAGACUGUGAGGCAAAGCGUGAAGUGAUAUUGCCAUCUGUAAUCUACAUUCAGAAGAUUUUAAGGCGAAGGCCUUUUCUGAUAAAGAAUCUUGAAAAUGUUAUGCGAAGAUUCCUUCAGUCCCUUGAGUUUUUUGAGGAGAAUGAAAGGAUUAAGCUUGCCAUUUUCACAGCACUUGCCUUCUCACAGAAGCUGUCUGGUCUCCCACCAGAGACAGUGUUUCAGCCACUUCUUAAGGAUAACCUAGUUGGGAAAGGACUUGUUCUUACUUUCAUCACAGACUUCUUCAAGGAGUAUCUCAUUGAUAAUCCCCUUGAUGAUCUCAUCUCCAUCUUGAAACGUGGCAAAAUGGAGGAUAAUCUGCUUGAGUUCUUUCCUUCUGGGAAGCGAUCUGCUGAAGCUUUCUCUGAGCAUUUCACUAAAGCAGGGAUGGGUGCUUUGGUUGAAUAUAAUGACAAGAAGAUCUUUGAGGUGAAGGUGAAGGAAAUGAAAACAGCAUUGACAACUCAGAUAUCAGAGGAAGUUGAUAUAUCAGAAGUGAUUGAAACAGUGAAACAGCAUGUGAAGGAUGCUAAAUUGCCUGAGAUUGAGGUGGUGAGGAUUCUGUGGGAUGUUCUGAUGGAUGCUGUUCAGUGGUCAGGGAAGAAUCAACAGCAGAAUGCUAAUUUGGCUCUGCGACAGGUGAAAACAUGGGCUAAGUUGCUCAACACAUUCUGUACAAGCGGAAAGCUUGAGCUGGAGCUGCUUUACAAGGUUCAAGUUCAAUGUUAUGAAGAUACAAAACUGAUGAAGUUGUUUCCUGAGAUUGUGAGAUCCCUUUAUGACCAAGAUGUUCUUGCUGAAGACACUAUCCUUCAUUGGUUUCGUAAAGGAACCAAUCCAAAGGGAAGGCAAAGCUUUGUGAAGGCAUUGGAGCCAUUUGUGAAGUGGCUGGAGGAGGCAGAAGAGGAGGAAUAGAUGUUUGUUAUGUGAUAUGAUUCAUGACUGCUCUACUGUCUUAAUGUCUUUGCUUAAAACUUGAUGUGUGUUUUUUUGUUUUGUUUGUUUGUUUGUGUACUUUAUGAUAUGUCUCUCUGAUGAAUUGAUUCGAAUAAUCUGUGUUUGUUUACCAGCUUCUUUAUAUUUCUAAUAUGUCUUGCUGCUGUUGCUUACAUGUAUUAUUGAUGGAAAACAGAGGCUUGACAUGGGUUUCUUCCCUUUGUCUUGCAUACUCUAGUUUUCUAGUAAGAUGGUGUAGUUGCAUACGACAUGCUGAUGAAAACAAGUGUGUGAUGAUGGCUUGUGUACUUCAAAAAUGCCUUUAAUAUAUGUAGGACAAGGAAAACAUUUGUGAUUAUGUACAUAAUUUAAUUUUUGGUAGAGUUACAGGAAGAAAGGAGGUGGGGGACUUGGGGAGAUAUUUAUAUACAAAGUACGCACCCACCAAUUUCACUUUUUUCAUUUCUUUUUAAUUCAUGUGCAUCAUUUUACAUUUUAGGUCUAACUCUACCUUUUCCUUUUCUUUUUUUGAAUUUUUGACAUUCUAUUUCAUUUUCCUGGUUUAUGAUAUCGAGGGUGGUUUUCGACAACAAAGGUGAUUUCCGAUACCGAAGGUGGUUUAAGGCAGCGGCCAAAAACGCAUACCCGAAACCACAUGGACUGUUUGUGUAAUUUACUUUAUUUGUAGUUUGUAAAAAAUGUAAUAAUUUAAUUUUUGGUUGAUGUAGUAUUUAAAUUGCAUUUAUUAUACUUUUGAACCAUAUAUUUUCAGUUUAGAAAAGAAUAAAUUAUAUUUUUGACCUA